AUGGCCUCUGAAGAAAAGGUGUCACUUUUGCACCCUAAGGUGCUUCUAAUGACAGCAGGAGCUACUGCGUCAAUUCUUCUUUCUUAUAAGUUCUACACUCGCUACAUCCGCCGCAUACGAAGCUACCUAGACUUGAGCCAUGACAUUCUUGAUGGUCAGCGCAACUUGUAUGGAAAAGUCACCAGAGUGGGAGACGGAGACAACUUUCGUUUUUUCCAUACACCCGGUGGGAUCAUUGCUGGCUGGGGAUGGCUUCGAAAAAUCCCUACAAAGCCGCUGGAGUUGAAAGAUGAGACGUUAAUGAUCAGACUUUGUGGGGUUGAUGCACCAGAAAACGCCCACUUUGGGAAGCCAGCACAACCAUACUCCAAAGAAGCACUCGAAUGGCUCAAAGGCUACUUGCUUGAUCGCUAUGUGACCAUCACGCCAUAUUCCAUUGACCAAUACAAGCGUGUGGUUGCAAGAGCUCAAGUUUGGAAAUGGACUGGCAGAAAAGAUGUCAGUGCAGAGAUGCUCCGUCACGGACUCGGCUUGGUGUAUGAAGGCAAGAUAGGAGCAGAAUUCGGCGACAACGAAGCUUGGUACAGAAAGCUAGAGGCCAAAGCAAAAAGAAAGAAGAAGGGCUUAUGGUCUUUGGGCAGAAAGCUCGUCACUCCCGGAGAGUUUAAACGAAGCUGA